GAACAUGCAUGCGCUUGAAUCAUGUCCUUUUGUAAAUAUAUUUAUUGAUGUUGUCAAUGUUGAUUAAUGUUCAUUAUUAUUAAUAAUAUUAAAGUUAUGUACAAAAUGAUAAUUAAAAUGGAGGAGCAGAGUAUUUUAACAUCAAAGUCAUAUCAACGUGCUAAAACAAACUUGAAAGAUAAAUUAAAAUCAUUAUUUUUGGACCAUUAUCCGCAUUAUUUAAUACCUGGAUAUAAUUUACAUAGCAAUUUUUCUAUGGAUGAUACUGAUUUAGAAAAUGUUAUAGAACAAUAUCAAGAAUAUCCUUAUUAUUGUGAUUUACCAAAACCUUUAUUGCCACCUGCUAAAGUGCCUCGAAAUGUGUUGAAUGAAGAAGAUCCAACAUUAGAAUUAGUGACUGUUAAGAAUUAUCUGAACAGUGAUAAAGAAAGAAUGAAGGAUUAUUAUUUAAAACACGAAAAAGAGCUAGAAUUAAUACAUAAAAAGAAUGUAAGGUGGAAUCGCACCAAAAAUACAAUUAUUGCUAAAGUGCCUAAAUAUGUAGCGGACAUAGCACAAAUCAUUGAUAAAGAUCCAGAUCCUUAUUUUGAGGGAUAUGUACUCCUGUUGAUAAUAUAGAAGAAUUCUUAUGGAAACCACAGUUUGAAAAGGCUGCAAAAUGUGAACUUAAUGGUUCAUUAUAUGAAUUAAAACAUAGUAGAUAUAAACAACAUUGUACUUUUUAUAAAUUAUCUGAAUAUGAUAAUAAAUAUAAUCUUACUGAAAUACAUACACAAACAUCAAAAAUACCUUACAUUGGUGCAGAUUUAAAUUCUAUUAAUACAAAUCAAUGUUGUUUGGUAAAUGUUGAAAGAUAUGUAACAUUGUGGGAUAUAGUUAAAAUGAAACCAAUAAGUUGUAAUACCAUAAUGCAAAAUACUGUGUUAGAUGAUUCAUGGAGCAGUAUAAAAUUUCAAUCUACAGAUCCUAAUAUUCUUUUAUUUGUAGAUAGAUGUUGUCUUCAUUAUCUUGACAUUCGGAUUCCACUUAAUCAACCAGUAUUAACAAUGUGUCCAAAAUCUUAUUUGGAAAAGUGUGAACAUCUUUCAAUAGAUGUUGCUAGUAGAAAUAAUUUUUGUAGAUAUGUAGGAACUUAUCAUAGUAUUUUAAUGUGUGAUAAUCGUUCACCACAGCAAUGCGUUCAACAGAAGUGGACUCAUCAAUUUAAAAGUCCGCCACUUAUGAAUUCUGUAAUAGAUAGAGACGAUAAAGAAUUUGUUGUUUUAACUAGUCAAAUUGCUAGUGAAACUACAAUUAUUGUAAAUACCUGGACAAGCAGUGAAAUUUCAUAUUCAUACAAUUUUCCAUAUACUCCUCCUCAUAUUAAAGAAACAUUAAACGAAUCUCAAAUGCAAGGAAUGUGCUUAAAUCCAUAUUUGAGAGAUAGAUUUGAACUAUCUAAUAUUGGUUCAUUUCUUAUAAAAGAUAAUGCCCAAAAUAUAUUUUUAUUUCUUCAAAAUUCUAUUGGUGACAUAUACUAUCAAUGUUUAACACAUGAUACUGCAUUAGAUAAAUAUUCACCUAUCAAUGGAAAAUCAUUUCAUAUAUUGAAUGCUUGGCAAAAUGCGAUACCUAUGGAAACAGAUGUUAUAGUACCUCUUGCAAUGUCUAGCAAGUCAAAUAUGCAAUAUCUUCUUGAAAAUUUUACAAAUAAAAAAUUACGAUUAAAGUAUAAUGAACAUAAUUCAGAAUGUUUUGAACCGAGCUGGAAGCAGUCUCUCGAAAGACUGAAUACUUAUACGGACAUAUUAGCUCCUGAACUUUUAGCUGUGUGGGAUAUGUGUGAAGAAGUUCCAUUAUCUUCAACAGUACCUCACCAGAAAGUUUUAAACUGGUUAGAAUCUGCAGAUUCAAAAACAUUAAAUUUAUCACAAGAAGAAAUAGAGAAUACAUCAACACCAAUUAAUACGCAAGAACUAGUAAGUGUAUCUCAACAAAUGGAUGUAAUUUAUUUGGAUGACAGUAAUAUAUUUCAAGAUCUCUUACCAAAAGUAAAAAAAGUACGAAAAAGACGAGAAGUGUAAAGUAUAUUUUUUAAAAAUAUUUAUUUAUGUAAUUACAAUAUAUAUAGAUUAUUUUUUAUAAUAAAAUAAAACAAAAUAUUUCGAUAUAUUAAUUACUUAUUUAUUUAUAGCAAAAAUUAUAUAAUAACAGUUACAUAAAG